ACCUAGUAUUGAAAACACAUUUUAACAAAAUUAACGCUGAAUCGAUAGUCUUCUACAAAUAUGUGGCGCUCAGUCUUCAGUCAUACAAAUUCUUCAGACACUGAUGGCUUUGAGGAGCUUGACAGAUAUUAUUUAGAGCCUGAUGGGUUCUUCUUACUGAUAUCUAAUUCCAGAGAUGAACAGUCUGAGGUUCCUAAAACCAGUGUUUCUGUAAACGCCUAUGAAAAUGAACAGGCAACCACCUCUGAAAUAGAUGAGGCUCCUAAAACCAGUGUUUAUAUAAACAACUUUGAACAUGAAGAGUCUCCCACCAGUGAGAAUUACAGCACUGAUUUAUUCAAUGGCGUCCUCCCCGAAUCUUCAGAUAUGAACAAAUCUGAAGAGAAUGAACAAAAUGCUGACCAAGGAAGUUUUCAAAGAGAGGACAAAGAAACUUUUUUUUCUAGAGUUCAAACAAAUCUUUCAGCUCUGUCUUCCAUUAUUACAGCUCCAGUUGAGUCUGUGGGGCGAGGAGUCAUUUUUGUCACCAGGCACAUUUUUAAUAUUGGUCGAGCAACAUUUACCUCACCCACUAGUGAAACGGAAAAGUCAUCCACCUCUGAAACAACUGAGGUUCCUUCACCGAGUGUUUCUGUAAACAACUUUGAAUACGAACAGUCACCCUCCAGUGAAACAACUAAGAUUCCUACAACCGGUGUUAAUAUGAACAACGCUGAAGAUGAAAAGUCUUCAGCCAGUGAGCGUUGCAACACUGAUUUAUUAAAUGCCAUUCUUCCUGAACCUUCAGAUAACGGACCCAAAGAUAAUGAACAAAAUGUUGUCCCAGGCAGUCUUCAAACAGAGGAAGAAGAAACUAUUUCUUCCAAAGUUCAAACGAGUGCUCCAAAUCUCUAUUCCUCUUGUAGAAUUCCAGAUGUGCCUGUGGGCCUUAGAGAAGCUUUCAUCACCAGUCACCUCCUUAAUAUUGGUCGAACACCAUUUACCUCAAAUAUUCCAAAUCUCUAUUCCUCUGGUAGAGUUCCAGAUGUGCCUGUGGGCCUUAGAGAAGCUUUCAUCACCAGGCACCUCCUUAAUAUUGGUCGAACACCAUUUACCUCAAAUAUUCCAAAUCUCUAUUCCUCUGGUAGAGUUCCAGAUGUGCCUGUGGGCCUUAGAGAAGCUUUCAUCACCAGGCACCUCCUUAAUAUUGGUCGAGCACCAUUUACCUCAAAUAUUCCAAAUCUCUAUUCCUCUUGUAAAGUUCCAGACGUGCCUGUGGGCCUUAGAGAAGCUUUUAUCUCUAGGCACCUGCUUAAUAUUGGUCACGCACCAUUUACCUCAGUUACCACACCCACUAGUGAGACCUCUGAAACAGCUAAGGUUCCUAAAACCACUGUUUCUAUAAACAACCUUGGACAUGAAGAUUCUCCCACCAGUGAGAGUUAUAGCAUUGAUUUAUUCAAUGUUGGUCUCCCUGCAUCUUCAGAUAACAGAUCUGAAGAGAAUGAAUCAAAUAUUGUCCAAGGAACUCUUGAAAGAGAGGACGAAGACCCUGUUGUUUCCAGAAUUCACAGAAAUCUUUCAGGUUUUAAUUCCCUUAUUACAGCUCCAGUUGUGCUUGCGGGCCAAGGAGUCAUUUUUGUCACCAGGCACAUCCUUAAUAUUUGUGGAGCACCAUUUACCUCACUGUUCAAUCAUUUUUCAGCAAUUAUUCAGCGUAUGUUUCCCAUUCCCCACAGAGCUAAUUCAGGCCUGAUUCCUACAAUCAGAAGAUGGUUAGAUAUAAUUUCUUGGAUGACUUCAGUAAUCGGUGCACUUGCACUUUUAGUUUUACUUAUAAUCAUACUUAAAAUAGUCGUCAUGGUAACUCACUAAUUCUAACAUCACAAUUAUGCCCCCAGCCAGUCACAGCAGAAGGCUGCCCCUCCCUGAGUCUGGUUCUGCUGAAGGUUUCUUCCUAUUAAAAGGGAGUUUUUCCUUCCCACUGUCGCCUUAGUGCUUGCUCAUAGGGGAUCGUUUGAUUGCUGGGGUUUUCUCUCUAAUACUGUAGGGUUUUAACCUUACAGUACAAAGAGCUUUAAAGUGCCUGUUCUAAC